GGCCUUCGGCCGUCACGUGGACAGGCUGGCUGAGUGGUUGCUAGGCAACCACAGCCGCUGGCGGUGGAAUCAGCUGGGCUACCCACUGGUCUUCACGUAUCAGGGGAUCCCUAAAGAAAACAAGGCUGGGACUGCUGGGGCCUGAGCCAUGGAAAAGAAUAGCAUCCUUGACUUCAAAGCUUUGGAGAAAGAGCUUCAGGCAGCACUCGAUGCUGAUGAGAAGUAUAUGCGGGAGAACGCUGCCAAGUUGCGGGCCGUGGAACAGAGGGUGCCCUCCUACGAAGACUUCAGGAGCAUCGUCCUCGCGUCACAUCUAAAGCCCCUGGACCGGAAGGACAAGACGGGGGGCAAGAGAACUGUGCCCUGGAGCUGUUGUGUUGUUGGGGGAAGGACCUCCCCAGAAGGUGUGGCCAUUGAGAUCCCCCAGGAGGAGGAGCCCUUCCAGCCUGGGACCACAGCAGAGUUCUACCGCGACUGGCGGCGACGUUUGCGGAGUGGACCAGAACGCUACCAGGCCCUGCUGCAGCUCGGGGGUCCCGCGCUAGGCCGCCUCUUCCAGACAGAUGUGGGGUUUGGACUUCUCGGGGAGCUGCUGGUGACCCUGGCCAAUCACAUGAGGCCAGCCGACCGGGCGGCGGUGCUGGGGGUCCUGCACAGUUUGGCGGGCACUGGCCGCUUCCCCCUGAACCUGAGCCUGCUGAGCCCCACAGAGCACGAGUGCUGCCGGGCCCUGUUCCAGAAGCUGCAGGCCACAGGCGCCCCCGGGCCUGGACAGGAGGCGCUCAGUGGGGAGGAGCAGGGUGCAGAGCAGGAGCAGGGGCUGCUGCAGGAGCUCUGGGGGCUGUACCAGCUCUGCUGAUGCCCCCGCCGCCCUUGGCAGGCCGCUCCUUCGGUGUUGCUCGGUGUCUGCAGGACUCCAAUGAGAAGCCCACACCCACUUCCCGCCCUAACUUGGAAUUUUCAAAGAAAAGCUGGAGUUGA